GCCUGGGGUGUAUACGGUGUGAGCUAUUGCUUCCACUAGGAGGGCUUCAGGAACGGUCUGCGUCCAGAGCUUCCAAGAGCUGCAAGCAUUUGCUGAAAUAUGUCUUCCAAGAUGAAAGCCAUGAAGGAUCUGCUCAUUUUGGGUGGCAAAUUUAUAUAUACCAUUUUGGAGGCUUUCCUUCACUUCAUAGUUCCAAGGCAAAAGAAAAACGUUGCUGGUGAAAUAGUCCUUAUAACGGGAGCUGGGAGUGGAAUUGGACGAUUAUUAGCCUUAAGAUUUGCCCGUCUGGGAGCUAUUCUAGUUCUCUGGGAUAUCAAUUCAGAGAGCAACCAGGAAACUUGUGAAUUGGCCAAAGAAGCUGGUGCAUUGAGAACAUAUGUCUAUACCUGUAACUGCAGCGAAAGGCUGGAUAUUUACCGAGUGGCAAAUCAGGUUAAAAAAGAAGUUGGUGAUGUCACCAUCCUUAUUAAUAAUGCUGGGGUUGUAACAGGAAGACGGCUCCUUGAGAUUCCAGAUGAAUGUGUGGAAAAGUCAUUUGAUGUGAACUCUAAAGCACAUAUCUGGACUUACAAAGCCUUCCUUCCUGCUAUGAUUGCUAAUAACCAUGGACACUUGGUUUGCAUUUCAAGUUCAGCUGGAUUAGUUGGUGUAAAUAGACUAUCAGAUUAUUGUGCAAGUAAAUUUGCAGCUUUUGGAUUUGCUGAGUCCAUGUUUUUAGAACUACUUGCCCAAGGAAAUACUGGGAUUAAAACAACCAUCGUUUGUCCAUUUUUUAUAAAAACUGGGAUGUUUGAAGGUUGUACUACUGAAAAUCCUCUAAUGUUGCCAAUUCUAGAGCCAGAUUAUGUAGUCAAUAAGAUAAUAAAUGCGAUUCUGGAAGAGCAAGUUUACCUGUAUUUGCCACGAUUUCUAUACUUUAUAUUAUUUUUAAAAAGCUUUUUGCCGACCAAGACGGGAUUGGCUAUAUGCGAAUACAUGAAAGUCUUUGACGUAAUGAAUUGCUUCACAGGACGAGUAAAAAAGGACUUGAAAAUCAAACUCUAAGGAAGAUGUCGCUCAGAAAUCCAAAUCCAACACUGCCAAAUAUUUGUCAUUUCAAAGAAAAAAUGACUAAUGCUAUAUGACACAAUUUCUGAACACCUGUAAAAUAUGCAUCCUACUACCUAGGCUAAUAUUUAGCCUUACCUGAUUAGCCCACUACCUACCUAGCCUAAAAUAUAUAUAUGGGGGGCAGCUAGGUGGCACAGUGGAUAAAGCACCAGCCCU